AUGGAAAAAGUUUAAAGCCAAACUUAAUUAACAUCACAUACCAUGCUAAGUCCAAUUAUUAAAAAACUUAAUUUCAGAACUGACAAAAGAGGGUUUCCAAUUCUGAAAGGAUCUAGGUGUCAUGGGAUAAGUUUUAAGGAUUAGAUUAAACAGGGGGAACUACAAACUGUAAUAUUAGUAGAGAGUUGGAAACAACUAAAUUAUGAUAAUAAAUAAAAUAAAAAAGCUACAGAAUGCUGCAUGAUUUAUUGA